CAAGAGACCAACCGCUUUACAAUCCGGAUUUGGUACCGUGCGAGCGAUUCGUGUGCAGAAUCUGUGACCGACGUCCGAAAAUUUUACUUUUACUCUCGGAUUACUACUUUCGAUUGUGCUAUUGGAUAUUUUAUUAUUUAUCUCAGUGAUUUUAAUAGGAAUAAUGAUUUUCGAAAUAAGGACAAUGGAAGUAUUUAAGAUAAUACUUCCACUUGCCCUCCUUGUCACCCUAACUACUUGUGAAGAAGAACAGCCAAAGAAAGCAGUACCGUUCCAUACAAGAACUGAAUUAAAAGUAUCCAGAAGCUUAAAUCCACAUGAAACUCAAACAUUGAAUGUAAUGACUAGAGAUGGCAGUGUAGCACAGUUAAUAGUAAGAAGAAAAGACAGAUCUAAUUUAGGAGAAAGUAAUAGUGUAGAUAAUUUGAGUAAAAGUCGAUUUGUUGAAAUUGGAAGGUCGGAGGAUAGAGGCAAAACUGAAGAUAAUUCUUAUCAAAACUACGAAAAAGUCGACGUUAAUCCUUACGGUGACUACAAUUUUCCGCACGAAGACACUAUACAUUCUUCAAGUGAUGGCAAACAAUCUAAAUUUACUCCCAAUUGGAUCCCAUUAUCUCAAAUAUAUUAUCAUCCUCAAAAACUGAUGAGAUUGGACUCAAUUGCGGUCGUACGGAAUGCUAGCGAUUAUAGAACAUCCUCUGGUAAUGGUGGAAUAGGGAAUGUGAUUGAUAGCGACAGAAUUCCCCACGUGAUUCCCAAGCCUGUCAACAUCAGAUCUAGUGAAGUUUUCGUGAAAAACGAUAACAAAAAAAGAGCACGUUCUGUAAUGGAACUUGACAAGGAUGGUAUUCCAGUUGUCCAGGGUGUUCGAGUACCCGAUGAUCCCACCGAUACGAAAACUUGGAGAAACGCAAGAGUUAUCAAUGGCGAAUUGGUCCCCUAUGAAAAAGGUUAUAAGCCACCGGCAGCAAUUCCUGUUGGAGAAUUGGUUUAUGCAAGUCAAAUUAAUGAAAAAGAUGAAAAACGUGCUCUAGGUCCAUUUUCCAAGGAAGACAAUUUUAAAAGUCUUGAUGAUAAAAAGAGAAGUUCUUUGGGUCCAUUUACUGUGAAAGAUAAUAUUUCAUCCGAGUCGGAUACUAAAAAAGAAGCCAAAGACAGUAAAUUUGUUAAAUUUAGCUCUUCUGGAGGCUUAGGUCCAUUUACGAAAGAAGACAAUAACAAAAUGUCAACAAAAAUCAAAUUUAUAGAUUACAUCAAAGAAAUUAACGACAAAGAAAUCAAGAAGCAGUACAAUAGCCCCAGAAAAUAUCGAUCAUAUGAUCAAGUCGAUCAAAGCAAUACUUACACAGGAAGUUAUUUAAAUGAAAAAUCAUACAAUCCAAAUCAAAACCACGACUAUUAUGGAUAUGAUAGCUAUAAUAAUCAAAACAACCAAAAUCUGGAAAGCAACUCAUAUGAAUCCUACUACGUUCAAACUUCCACUCAAAAUCCCAAUAGCCAAUUUCAAAGAAGGAUGUUAACGUAUCCGACAAGUCAGGUGUAUUAUCCUCCAUCUCAAAUGUAUAGUCCUUCAAGUGUUACAAAAUUGAGCCCAGUUAAUUUCAACGAAGGAGUUAGAGCCCCCGUUUUGCAAUAUGCCCAUCCAGAGUUGGGAGUGCAACCUGCCAAAGCUACCACUGAAGAGGAGGAAUUCAAUAAUGGAGCUAUUAGAGACUCGUACAGGGAAAAAGAUUAUACAGCUUAUGGAGAUGUUAAUACAGGACGACAACAACAAAAUAGAUAUUAUACAGACAGUGAUAGUAAUAGUUUGAGCUAUUACAAAAAAGAUGUUUUGAAUUAUCCAUAUAAUACUUAUUACAUUAAAGCUAGGCCUGAACAGCCUUUUUGGAUGAAAAUCACAGAAAGCAUCAAGGAUAAUGUGCAAAACAGCAUACAAAAAAUGCAAAAAUUGACCAGGCCUGUCUUUGAACCAAUAGUAGAAGCAACCCAAAAAAUUUCUCAAAAUUUAGGAUUUGGUGGCGCACAUAAUGUACAAAGAGCUGAGGAUAAAGUUGGCAUUAUUGCUCCUAUUGCUGGAGGAACAUCUGUAAUUUUACCUGCAUUAGGAUUAGUUGCAGGUGGUGCGGCUCUAGGCUUAGGAGCAGCAGCCAUGGGAAGAUUUUUCAGUCCUGUAGAAAGCAUGAGAGCAAUGCAAGGCUUGAAUCCACAACUUCAAGAAAUUAAUCCCAACAAUAUUGUGUUGAUUAUGGAAGAUCCGCACAACCAAGAAGAUUCGUAUAAGGAAGCUAUUCAAAAGAGAAACGUGCAGGAUCUACAUCAGCGUUUCAAAAGAAGUCUUCUUAUUGAAGAUGAUUAUUUGCAAUUAACUGAACAAGCGGAAAAAUCAAAUAAACUAAAUGGUUUGAUGAAUCCAGAAUUUUGGGCAGACACUCCAUGUUCAAAACAAAUAUUUUGCCAUGCGAUGCUACAACAGCAUCCCGAUGAAACUGUUUUCAUGGAAAAGAAGAUGGACAGGCUUUUAUCAUCGUUACAUCCAGACCUAGCACAGUCGGUAUCUCAUCACCUGCAGGAAGUCAUGGACGCCAUCAAGCAAAGGGAUUGUUCCAGGUUUUCUUGCAACAGGAAAUUUCCGUUUCCGGCUCAGGCGGCGUAACGAUGGAAAAUCUCUGAAGACGGCGUGGAAAAUUGAGCGCUUUUUUUCUUUUUUUCCAUCAAAUCCAAAAUCAAAAGACUUGUAAAGAGGCGUUGAAAACAGCGAUGCGGAAAAAUAGGGUUUUAGAGGCUAUUUUUCUCAACCAUCCUUACAUUAGGUAUUCAUUGAAUUUUUAAAAAAAUUAGGUACCUGCUGAAUGCCUUUUGGAACGCUUGUGACAAAUUUGUUUCGAUAAUAUUUAUUGAAACUUUUAAUUAAAAAAAUUAGCACUUAUUUAUUGAAUUCACUUAGGUAUAGCUAAAAUUAUAGUGGCUUAAAGAUGAUGUUUUCAUCAUAUUGAGACAAAAAUUUAUGUGGCUAGGUUUUGGUACCGAAAAAAUCCAGCUACAUAAUAAUAUUUAUAUGUAAUCUAGCCUAGUUGUUUCACUAUUAACUAGACAGUCUUUAAGUCAAAAGUUUGUUGGCAAAAAAAGAGGCUGAAAAUAAUUUUUUUGAAAUAUUUAGUUACCUUUAUUUUAGCUGGUGCUACCCAUUCGCCAAAUAAAGGGUAUUCUAUAAUGUAAUACAAUAAUAAUACAAAAUUGCUGUAUAAUUUUGCUUUUUAG